AUGUUACUUGCUGCAGUGGCACUAGCUGUUGGGGAUGCUUCUUGGCUUUCAGACAGGAAGAAAAGAGCUUUGCAGAAGAAAGAUGUGGAUGUCCGUAGAAGAAUUGAACUUAUUCAAGACUUUGAAAUGCCCACAGUUAGCACAAAGAUUAAGGUGUCAAGAGAUGGACAGUAUAUUAUGGCAGUUGGAACUUACAAGCCGAGGAUCCGCUGUUUUGAUACCUAUCAGUUAUCCCAGAAAUUCGAAAGAUGCUUAGAUUCUGAAGUGGUUACGUUUGAGAUUUUAUCAGAUGAUUACUCAAAGAUUGUCUUCUUGCAGUGUGGCAGAUUUGUGGAGUUUCAUUCGCAACAUGGCCAUUACUACAGGACAAGAAUACCAAAAUUUGGUAGAGAUUUCUCUUAUCACUAUCCAUCGUGUGACCUGUAUUUUGUAGGAGCAAGUUCUGAAGUAUACAGGCUAAAUCUGGAACAAGGAAGGUUUCUCAACUCCCUGCAAACUGACGCUUCAGAGAGUAACGUCUGUGACAUAAAUCCUGUACACUUCCUGUUUGCUAUGGGGACGGCUGAGGGUAAAGUGGAAUGCUGGGAUCCUAGAACUAGAAAUCGAGUUGGGCUGUUGGACUGUGCUUUAAGCAGUGUGACAGCAGACACAGAGAUAGAUGCUUUACCAUCCAUUUCAGCACUGAAAUUUGAUGGAGCUUUGAAUAUGGCUGUUGGAACAUCUACUGGGCAGGUUUUAUUAUAUGAUCUCCGGUCUAGUAAUCCAUUAAUAGUCAAAGAUCACUACUAUGGCCUGCCUAUUAAGUCAAUUCAGUUUCAGCAUCAGUUGGAUUUAAUUAUCUCUGCAGAUUCUCGAAUCAUAAAAAUGUGGAAUAAAGAUACGGGGAAGAUAUUUACUUCAAUGGAGCCAGAAUAUGAUAUCAAUGAUGUCUGCCUGUAUCCAAAUUCAGGAAUGCUAAUGACUGCCAAUGAAGCCCCUAAAAUGAAUAUCUAUUAUAUACCAGUUUUAGGACCUGCCCCAAAAUGGUGUUCCUUCUUGGACAACUUGACUGAAGAACUGGAAGAGAAUCCAGAGAGCACAGUUUAUGAUGAUUACAAAUUUGUUACCAGAAAAGACCUUGAAAAUUUAGGCCUUGCUCAUCUCAUUGGAUCAUCAUUGCUCAGAGCAUAUAUGCAUGGCUUUUUCAUGGACAUAAGACUUUAUCAUAAGGCAAAAAUGAUGGCCAACCCCUUUGCCUAUGAAGAAUACAGAAGAGAAAAAAUAAGGCAGAAGAUAGAAGAAACACGUGCGCAGAGAGUUCAACUAAAGAAACUACCAAAAGUCAAUAAAGAGCUUGCACUCAAACUGAUUGAAGAAGAAGGAGAAGAGCAACAGGUUACUAGAAAAAGGAAACAGAAGAAUCUGCCUAGCCUUCUCAAGGAUGAUCGUUUUAAGGUCAUGUUUGAGAAUCCAGAUUUCCAGGUGGAUGAGCAGAGUGAAGAAUUUAGGCUACUUAACCCACUUGUUUCUAAAAUAAGUGAGAAAAGAAAGAGGAAACUAAAGAUCUUAGAGGAACUGGAGGCACAAGAACAGGAAGAGGAGGAAGAACCAGAAGGAAAAGCAAGUGAUGCAGAAAGUUCUGAGAGUUCAGAUGAUGAAAAAGGCUGGGUUGAAGAGGUCAGGAAACAGCGCAAGCUUCUACGCCAAGAGGAAAAAGUAAAGCGGCGGGAAAGGCUCAAGGAGGAUCAGCAAACAUUAUUGAAACCUCAGUUUUUUGAGAUUAAGGAAGGAGAGGAAUUCAGAAGCUUCAGAGACUCUGCCAAAAAACAAAAAUUAAUGAAGAAAACUCUUGGAGAUCGUUUAAAGCUUGAAGAAAAACUUGGCACGCUCAAUGUGUCUGAUACCACAGUAGGCAGCAAACAGGCAACAUUCAAAUUAAAGAAGUCAGAGCAGCAAAAGAAACAGCAGGAGGCUGAGAAACUACAUCGUCAAGAGAGGAAAACUCUUAGGCGUUCUGCUAGUCAUCUCAAGAGCAAACGUGGAAGAGGACGACUGUUUCGUUGACUUAUUUUAUGUUAUUUUUUAAGAAACUUCUUUUAUCUCAUUUUUCAUUUGAAAAAGGGACUUUUUUAAAUAGGGACAGAGUACCAAUGUAUUUGUAUUUUGAUUCAUUGAUGGACACAAAAACCAGAACGUGCUAAACCCUGUGUUAAUUAUUGAAAAGUUCAUGAAAGUAGAAGUAUUGACCAAAGGACACUAUGAGUAUGGUGUAUUAUAAGCUCCAGUGUGAAUUGUGUUUGUGCAGAAAUCACCAGCAACUGGUUAUUGUGUAACCCUGGAUGUUUUCUGUACAAGAAUUUAUGUAUACAACGAGGCUGCCUGUCCUUUAUUUAACUGAAGAGCUGUGGGAUUUUGCUUUC